AUGGUGAUAACAUUCACUUCUCCAGGUGUGUGUGUGUGUGUGUGUGUGUGUGUGUGUGUGUGUGUGUGUGUGUGUGUGUGUGUCUCCAAGCUUUAAGCCACAUCUCACCUGGGAGCCGAUCUCAGUAUCUAAAGCGACGCUGUCUGAGGUGAUGGACUCAUUUAUUCAGCAGCAGGGAGUUCACUCAUGUGUUGGUGACUCCUUACUGGAGCAUUUAUGUUUAUUGGACAUUGAUCAGGAGCCAAUUGCAGCACGCAACACUGGCAUCAUCUGCACCAUUGGCCCGGCGUCUCGCUCUGUGUUGACGCUGCAGGCUAUGGUGAAGGCAGGAAUGAACAUCGCUCGUCUCAACUUCUCCCAUGGAACCCACCAGUAUCACAGAGAAUCUAUCAGGAACAUUCGUGAAGCAGUGGGGUCAUUGACUUCGGACCCUCUGACCUAUCGACCAGUGGCCAUUGCCUUGGAUACCAAAGGACCCGAAAUACGUACUGGUCUGGUACAUGGGCUUGCGGACGGUGAGGUUAAUUUGGAACGUGGCUCUUUGGUGACACUGGUGACGGCUGAAGCUGAGCGUGAUGUGACAGAUGGUUCCCGAGUUUGGGUGGAUUAUCCCGAUCUGUCUCGUGUGGUAAAGACAGGAGGGACCGUCUACAUUGAUGAUGGACUUAUUGCUCUCACAGUGCUGCACACUGGUGAUGGGUGGGUGGAGACUCGGGUGGAUAGUGGUGGCAUUCUGUGUAGCCGUAAAGGUGUGAACCUGCCAGGGGCAGAGUUAGUGAACUUACCUGCAGUGAGUGAACAGGACAGAGCCGACCUGCAGCUGGGAGUGGACGAGGGAGUGGACAUCGUCUUCGCUUCCUUCAUCCGCUGUGCUGAGGACGUGAGGGCCGUGAGGAAGGCUCUAGGACCCAGUGGAGCCAAAAUCAAGGUCAUCAGCAAGGUGGAAAACAGACAGGGUGUACAGAAUUUUGAUGAGAUUUUGAGUGAGAGUGAAGGAGUGAUGGUUGUCUCUCUCUCUCUCUCUCACUCUCUCUCUCUCUCUCUCUCUCUCUGUAGUUUUGAUGAGAUUUUAAGUGAGAGUGAUGGAGUGAUGGUUGCUCGUGGUGAUUUAGGGAUCGAGAUUCCAGCAGAGAAAGUUUUCAUUGCACAGAAGAUGAUGAUUGGACGAUGUAACUCAGCAGGAAAACCAGUCAUCUGUGCCACUCAGAUGUUGGAGAGUAUGGUAUAUCACGCCCGGCCAACCCGUGCUGAGAGUAGUGACGUAGCCAAUGCUGUGUUGGAUGGAGCCGACUGUGUCAUGCUCUCUGCAGAGACGGCUAAAGGGCGUGACCCAGUGGAGGCAGUCUACAUGAUGCACUCAAUCUGCAGGGAGGCUGAGGCGGCUCUGUUCCACCAGCGGGUGUUUGAGGAUCUGAGGCGUCUCACAGAUCUCAGUUCAGACCCCACAGAGGUGACGGCAAUCGGAGCAGUCGAGUCGAGUUUCAAAUGCAAUGCAGGGGCCAUCAUUGUCCUCACCACCUCUGGGAGGUCUGCGCACCUGUUGUCACGGUACCGUCCCCGCUGCCCCAUCAUCGCUGUGACAAGGAAUGCUCAGAUGGCCCGGCAAUCACAGCUGCUCCGGGGAAUAUUCCCUGCCAUCUUCCAAGUCCCCCCUGCAAAGGUCUGGGCUGAUGAUGUUGACAACAGGGUCAACUUCGGCCUGGACAUAGGCAAAGCACAAGGAUUCUUUAAGCCAAGUGACUUGGUGAUCAUAGUGACUGGAUGGAGCCCUGGAUCUGGACACACAAACAUCAUGAGAGUAGUGACAGUGCCAUAAAUCCUCAACUUUGAUUGACUUUAAACUCUUAACUCUGAUUGGACACAAAUACUGACGUGUUAUUCAUUGAUAAUUAACUUAAUAAAAUGAAAUGUAAAUGAAA